UCGCCGAUGCUCUUCGAAUAAGGGCGCUAAUGAACAUAUUUUUAAUCUGUAACUUUAGCACUUGUUGCCUUGUUGCGGUAUUUCCCUGAAAACAGAAACUGAAAAACACUUUGCCAUUUUCUCUUUAGAUUGUGGGUAUUUAUCAAUUUAUUAAAAUAACUGGCAUUUGAUGUUAGCAUUUUCAUUCAUAAUAUAAUGUAAAAUGCCCAAAAUUCCUAACAACUCUUUGCUGCCUGCAAGUGCUCACAAGUGCGCGAACUAGUGUUCAAUAACAUUGCGGAAAGUUCUGAAAAUCUGUAAAAAUGGGGGACGAGGAGACUAGAAUAUGUUCUAACUGCAAGCGGGACAUCCCGUCAGUGAACUACCUGGUGCACUCGGUGCACUGCGCGAGGAACAUCCGCGCCUGCCCCGUGUGCAAGGAGCCCGUGCUGCUCGCCGACCUCGAGGAACACCACAACAACUUCCAUCAACUUAAGCCAUGCAAGAAGUGCGGGGAGAAUGUGUGCGGCAGCGACCUGGAGGACCACGUGCGGGACUCGUGCAGCCUCACUAUCCAGCCAUGCAGGUUCUGCGAGCUGGAGCUACCUCGGCGCGACAUCCCAGCGCACGAGGCGUACUGCGGCGCGCGCACGGAGCGGUGCGGCGACUGCGGAGAGUACGUGAUGCUGAAGUACCGGCAACUGCACGAGGAGUCCAACCACGGGUUCAUACAGCUGGACGACGAACCAGUGACACUGUUUCCAAAACUGGAGUUUCCCAAACUGAACAACUUCGGGCGACCCUCGGCCAGCAACGGUGCGUCUGCCUCGUCCAGCCGGCCAACUCCCGCCAACGGCCAACCAGCCACGUCUCAGGCCAAAUACCUCAAACCAGUAGCCAACACCUCUGCCUCCAACUCUUCCGACAGACCUGCCACUCAUCGCCCAGCAAUAGACCAGAACUCCAAAGCCUGGGAUAUCCUCACAGAACCACCGCCAGUUAGAACGAAAAAUACUAACAUCAAUAGACUGCAGUCCACGCACAAUAGACCACAUUCUUCGCAAAAUAGACCACAUUCUUCACAUAAUAGACCACAUAAUUCUCAAAAUAGGCCAGAGUCUCAUGAUAGACCACAGUCUGCUCGUAAUAGUCACGAGUCCACUCAAAAUAGGCGUGAGUUUAACUAUAAUCGGCCGGAUUCUAGUCACAAUAUACCUGAGCCUACUCAUAAUAGACCGGAGUCUACCUAUGCUAGACCAGAGUACACUGGGUCUACUAGUCAGGGUGCAUCUAGUCUACCGAAGAGGACGAAUGAUCGGCCGCAAGUGAACACGGCUGUGGCGGCCACUAGUAAAGUUAAUAAUGAAGGAACAUCAAGUCGUGGUACUAAGAAGCGCACCGCGCCGCGCCCCCCGCCCUCAGAGCCGCCUGUACCCGCCCCUAGGGAUCCACAUAAUGACACCAGCCAAGACCUAGUGUGGGGCCCGACGGCUGACUUCAUGGCGGGCCUGCACGGGGCCCCGCGCGGCGCCCGCGGCGGCGGUGGCGGUGGUGGCAGCGGGGCCGGGGGGGGUGAAGGGGGAGGGGACGGGCGGUUUGGGAACCUGGAGCCCAUGACGCACGACGAGUUCAUGAAUAGGUUCCAGCGUCUCCAAUUCGAGAGCGACUCCCGCCCCCGAGGCAGCCGCACGUCGCACGACCGCAUCAACGAGAUCAAGAGCUCCCUUCAGGUGCUGAGACGAGGGCUGGGCGAGGUCACCGCGCCAUACAACCAGCAGGGACAGCCUAGACGACCGUGCUGCAAUAGCGGUCGCAACUGCCGCUGCAACGCGCCGAGGCAGCCCGGGCUGGACAACGCGGUGGACGACCAGUUGGGCAACUUGUCGGGCGACAUGUUGGGCAACUUGUCCGGCUUCGACUUGGAGGGGGAGGUGGAGUUGCCCUGCGAGUUCUGCGGCGAGUUGAUCCAUCAUGAGCAGCUGGUGUUGCAUCAGACGGGAUGUCGUCCGGACCUGGUGGGCCAGCACGGCGCGGCGGCGGCGGGUGCGGAGCCGCUCAUCCCCUGCGAGUUCUGUGCUGAACCCCAGCCGCUCUACCUCAUUACUGAGCACCAGGAGCGCUGCCAGCGGGAGAACAGUCCGCUCUAUGCCGACUAACUUAAGGUUAAUUUUCCAAUGUUUAUAACUCAUGCAUGCAUUGUUGUUUACAGUUCUAUAUUUGCGUCUCUGAAUGUGUAGUUUAAGAGUAAAAAAGAUAAGGUAACAGGAAAAUAGUUAGAAAACUUUAAUUAGCCAAUCAGAAGGCUCGAACUUCUUCGUCCACGUUCGUUACUAAAAUAUUAACGUGAACUUUUAGUAUUUAAUAAAAUUCUGCAAUUAUUGGUGAUUGACUAAAGGUCCCAGAACCGAAAAUUAAAUAAAACGCGUUUUACAAGAUGGGAAUUGGUGAAAACAUCGAGGAAUGGAAUGUAAUCUGAUUGUAAAGUGUUAUUAUUAAAUAGGUAGUAAUUAUUUAUGUAUGUAACUAUUUAUUGAUCAUCAUAACUUGAAGCCAUGGAUUAAUCCUCGUUGUUAAGGUUUAAUUAAUUUGAUUCGAAAUAUAUUAUUGUAAAAUACUAUAGCUAAAUGAAUUGUCUAGUUGUAAAAUAUUAUGAAAGCGGAGUAUUUGAACAGGGUUGGAAUAUCCAGGGUGGGGUGAGAGGGUAGAUAGAAAGGAAAUAUUUUAUAAGAACUAUACGAUGCCAAAUAUAUUUAAAUUUAAUAUUCGGGUUGACCAUUUGAACCCUUGUCUAGUCUAAGAUUCCUAAUCAUAAGUGAUAUAAUACUCAUAAUAUACUUACCUCAAAGCACAUUUAUUCAUUGGAAUUAAGCAUUUCUAUUGUAUGAUAUUACCCUCAUAUUGGUCCUAAAACUGCAUUUCGGAAUGAUGGAACUUUUCCUUCUAGAUUAAAUAAAAGCUUUGACAUGACAGCUAGUGGUAUACUGCGAUUCACAUACAGUUAUUCAAAUGAUUGCAAAGCGAUUGUGAAUUCUAAUAGUUUGACUGUAGUAGCCCCAUUUUAUACCGCCAUUCAUAAAAUGAGUUGUAGUUGUUUCCAUCCAGUUUUUCACAGCUGAUCGAGCAGUGAAGACCGACUUAAAUUUGUAUGGCGCGGGGCUAGGUAGCGUCUCCCCCGCGCCAUACAAAUUCGCGUUUACUCGCCACUACUCGAACGUGGUAAAAACUCGCACUCCUCAUGCUGGCCACUCCAAUACGGAGAUAUCCACAACUCGGGUGUAUCUCUUAGUUGUGUCCACUGAAGCUUAGCGAAGUUGAGGUGUGUGGAUAACGAAAUUCUAUUGGAUGUUUGAAAAACGUAUUCGCUUGUCUCUUCUCCCCAUUGGGGAACUAUUGCGAACUUGCUGCUAAUGUUAAGUUAUGGCUUUUAAGUAUUAUGAAGUUAGGGCUUUUGCUUACGUAAAAAAUUGCUGAAUUUGAGCAAAUUUUAUACGAGAUAUACGUGUCCAGCUAAAAAACAGUAUAACUUUGUGCGAAUUCUGUAAAAACCCAAUGACUAGUCUUUAUAAUUAUAAGAUUGUUAAUUAAGUGUGAUAAGUAGUUAGACAAAAGUAUUUAUUUAUUCUCGUUGCCAUAUUAUACUAAUUAUUAUUGAAUGAAACAUGCGUGUAUCGUUGCGCAUAGUUGGAGUCGCCAUUAUACUUUGUAAAAUAUAGCAUGCCCCCUAUGACUAUUGAUUGACAGAUCCUUAUGUCUGGUAAAUAUUUAUAGGUCCCUUUGCUUUGAAAAUCACAAAUAAUAUGCAUGGUUUGACAACUGUCAAGUCAUAUUUAACAAAUAUUGCGUUUGCGAUCAAAGAAUUUGUCAUUCAGUUUAUAGGGGUUGGCGUAUUUCGAGAAACUAGCUAGGGGGUCACUAUAGGUUGCAAAAAAACGAACGAACUAUAUUGACUCCCUUGUGGUUGUAGCUAUUUACAGUGCAGUGGUGGAGAGGCACCUUUCGCCCACCCCACUUAGCUUACUAUUC